CCGGGGCCGGGCUUUCCCCAGCACGGCCCCUCCAUCGCUUUCUGCCAACCCACCCAGCACCAGGGCUGCCGACUGGGGCUCCCGCUGUCCUCAUGGUGUCCCUGGAAGGUUUGGUGGCCGCAGCCGUGGUGCUCACCUGCCUCCUGGCCUGGCGCUUUUGGGGAGGGAGACUGGAGGCGCCUGGAGACAGGAGAGAAGAGGAGGAGGAGGGGAUCCCCUUUAUCACCGAGGACGGCUCAGGGUGCUGCCGGCUGCUUUGCAAGCCCUCGGCUCUGGCUCAGCACUUGGUGAGGAGCUUGGGGAGGUCAGCAGCACUGCAGCGGGGCCGCUGGCUGUGGCCACGCUGGCCCCAGCUCCAGAUGCUACGGCAGCUCCUGCAGCUGCCCCAUCCAGAGCCCUCGGUGUCCCGGGAGCUCCUGCAGAUGCCCGACACUGGGCUGGUGGCCCUGGACUGGCUGGUGGGGCCACGGAAGACCAGGAGUUGCAGCAGCGGAGGGGGCCCCAGCUCUGUGUUACUGCUUAUCCCUAACGCUGCUGGAAAGGUGACGGGGGGGCUGCUGCAGCUGGGACUGCGGGCCCUGGAGCAGGGCUUCAUCCCUGUCAUCUUCAACCGACGGGGUCACAAUGGCUGCCCCCUCACCACCCCCAGACUCCAGCCCUUUGGGGACCCUGGGGACCUGCGGGAAGCUGUGACCUACCUGCGCUGCCGACACCCCAGUGCCUCCCUGCUGGCUGUCAGUGAGGGCUCGGGCUCGGGGCUGCUCCUCGCCUACCUGGGGGAGAGCGGCUCCUCCAGCCACCUGGCUGCUGCUGCCUGCAUCUCCCCCAUCUUCCGUGGCCGGGACUGGUUUGAGGCCGGGAUGCCCUGGCUCUACGAGUGGCCUCUGCUCCUGCAUCUCAAGAGGGGACUCAGCAGGUACAUGGGGUCCCUGGCUGAGGUGAUGGAUGUGGAUGUGCUGCUGAGCAGCCGCUCACUGCGGGAGCUGGAAGAAGCCCUGUUCUGCAGGACCAAGAGCCACCCCACCACCUGGGAGACCUACUGGGAGCGCAACGAGCCCCUGCGUGAUGCUGACGAAGCAGCAGUGCCCGUUCUGUGCCUUUGCAGCACCGACGACCCCGUCCGUGGCCCCCCGGUGCCCAGCCUGCCCCUCGAGCUCUUCCGCACCAGCCCCUACUUCUUUCUGCUGCUGACCCCCUGGGGGGGACACUGUGGGUUCCCCCAGCAGGGACCAAGGUGCUGCUGGGGCCAUGAAGCUGUGCUGGAGUACUUCAGGGCCAUGGGCGAGUUCCUGCGGGCAGAGGAGCGGAGGAAGGGGUUGGCUCGGCCCCGCAGAGUGGGGGGUCCCAUCGUUGAACCCCCCCUUUUCACAUGGCAGAGGUCCUACACUCGGUAGCUCCCCCAGACGCCGGGGCAGGGGUUGCUCAGAAAGGCAGGCAGACACUCCGUGUACUAAAAUUACUUUAUUACAGUUGAUUUUUUUUUUUUUAACAUUUCCUUUGCUAUG